GGGGAGAGGCGGCAAGAGGAGCCAGUCCUGUCCCACAGACGGAGAGAGACGGAGCCGAGGGCGGCAGGGGUGGACGGCCGGGGUCGCGGGGUCACGCAGAGGCCCGGCGAGGGACGGACGGAAGGCCGGCCAAGGGAGAGCCCGAGCCCGGAGGAGGGGAGGGCGGGAGCCGGGGGUCCCUCCCGCCAGGACCAUGAAGGGGGAGAAGCGGGAGCGGAGGAGCCCGGGCCACCGCCGGCCCUCGACGGGGUCGCCCCCACCUCCGCCCCCGCAGCCCACGCCGCCGCCCACCGAGGGUCUGAUCGAGUUUCACCGCUCCUACCGGGACCUGUUCCAGUUCUUCUGCAACAACACGACCAUCCACGGGGCCAUCCGGCUGGUCUGCUCGCAGCACAACCGCAUGAAGACGGUCUUCUGGGCGGCGCUCUGCCUCUGCAGCUUCGGCAUGAUGUACUGGCAGUUCGGUCUGCUCUUCGGGGAGUAUUUCAGCUACCCCGUGGAUCUGCACAUCAACCUCAACUCCGACAAGCUCGUCUUCCCGGCCGUCACCGUGUGCACGCUUAAUCCCUUCAGGUACAGCGCCGUGCGCGAGGAGCUGGAGGAGCUGGACCGCGUCACCGAGAAGACGCUCUUCGACCUGUACAACACGACGGCCGCGGCCCCCUCGCGCCCCCGCUCCCGCCGGGGCCUCGGGAGCCCCCCGCCCCCGCCCCUGCCCCACCCCCUGCAGGUGCUGCGGCGGCCCCCGCCGGCCUCCCCGCCUCGCCGGCUCCGCAGCGGGGCCAGGGGCGUCCGGGAGAACGGCCCCCGGGUGGGCAAGACCGACUGGAAGAUCGGCUUCAAGCUGUGUGACCAGAAUGGCUCAGACUGCUUCUACCAGACAUACUCAUCGGGCGUGGACGCUGUGCGUGAGUGGUACCGCUUUCACUACAUCAACAUCCUAGCCCGCCUGCCCGAUCCCCUGACGCUGGACGAGGCCACUCUCAGCAACUUCAUCUUCGCCUGCCGCUUCAACCAGGCCUCCUGCAACCAGGCGAACUACUCCCAGUUCCACCACCCCAUCUAUGGCAACUGCUACACCUUCAACAGGAAGAACUCAUCCACCCUCUGGAUGUCUUCACUGCCUGGAGUCAACAACGGUCUGUCGCUAACCCUGCGCACGGAGCAGAAGGACUACAUCCCCCUCCUGUCCACGGUCACUGGUGCCCGUGUGACUGUGCAUGGGCAAGACGAACCAGCCUUCAUGGACGAUGGUGGCUUCAACCUGAGACCUGGCGUGGAGACCUCUAUCAGCAUGCAGAAGGAGACCCUGGACCGUCUUGGGGGUGACUAUGGGGACUGUACCAAGGAUGGCAGUGACAUCCCCGUCAAGAUCCUGUAUGAAGACACACGCUACACACAGCAGGUCUGCAUUCACUCCUGCUUCCAGGAGAGCAUGGUUCAAAAGUGCGGCUGCGCCUACUUAUUCUACCCACGGCCACCCAACGUGGAGUUCUGCGAUUACCAGAAACACACCUCCUGGGGCUACUGCUACUACAAGCUCCAGGCUGCUUUCUCCUCCGACUCCCUGGGCUGUUUCACAAAAUGCCGGAAACCCUGUCUCGUGACCAGCUACCAGCUGUCUGCUGGUUAUUCCCGCUGGCCUUCUGUCAUGUCUCAGGACUGGGUUUUCCAGAUGCUGAACAAACAGAACAACUAUUCCCUCAGCUCCCGCAGGAGCGGUGUGGCAAAGCUCAAUAUCUACUUCAAGGAACUGAACUACAAAACCAUCUCCGAGUCUCCCUCCGUCACGAUGGUAACCCUGCUGUCCAACCUGGGGAGCCAAUGGAGCCUGUGGUUCGGCUCCUCCGUGCUGUCUGUGGUGGAGCUGGCCGAGCUCGUCUUUGACUUCUUCGUCAUCACUUUCCUGCUACUUCUUCGAAGGCUGCACAGACGCUACUGGGCCCCGGGAAGGGGCCAGGGUGGCUCUGAAGAGGUGGCCACCGCCCCGCUGCCCACCCUCCCUGACCUCGCUCAGCUCCCCCAGCCCCCGCUCGACUCCUCCCUGUCCACGGCCCCUCCUCCUGCCUAUGCCACACUGGGACCCCUCUGCCAGGCCCCUGCCCUUGGUUGAAGGAGGGGUGGGCCAGGCCCAGCCCCUAGGACAAGCCCCUCUUCCUCCCUCCCAUGCCCUGCUCCCAACUGGUCCCAGGACUGGGUCAAAGCACCUCCCAGGCCCACCAGGCAGUUUCAGGGAUGAAGCCACGGCUCCCAUGGGCAUUGGUCUGGGUAUUAAAGAGCUACCGGAGCCA